UCAGCAGUCGACCGGAGCAGGCAAAGACAGCGCGCGCACACACCCACCAAGUGCCCGUCGCCUCCUUAUCGCCGAUGCACGUCGACACGCGUUAAUAAAAAAAAAAAUAAUAAUAAAAAAAAAAGAUGGGAAGCUAAUCGGCUCCGUGUGACUCAGCGCCCUCGCUUCGUUCGCUUCCCACCGGUGCCUCGGCAGCAUCCCGCGCCCUCCGCCGGGCUUGAAAUGGGAUGAUAUGGGAUUUUUCACGUCGACGAAGACCGGAGGGAUCCUCGCGCUCGCCCUGGCGUUCCUGUCCCUCGCUGCAUCCGAAGACUCCCCAGAUGUGAAGUGUGAGAACGUUUACAAGGACUUUUCUGACUGCGUCCUGGAGUUGGGCGAGAGCAUGGACAACUAUCAGGAGAACGUGACCAGUGAAAGGGGAGUGGAGGCAGUGUGCAGUCACUGGGAAGCUUUCCACACAUGUGCCCUCACAGCGCUGUCUGACUGUCAGGAGGAAGUCAGCACCAUCUGGGAGACUCUGAGGCAGGACUCCAGGAAGAUGCGCUUCCAGGGGAGUCUGUUCGACCUGUGCAGCCCCAGCUCCUCUCCCAGCAUGAGUUCCCCUCUGGUUGCCCUCACCCUCCCACUGCUGCUGGUCGCGACUGGGCCCUACUGGUCCUCUGUGCAGAUGGGGUAGUGUGAAGGUGGGGGCGAGCGGGACCUUUGACUCCCCAGGGUCCAGUCCUCCUGAGUGCAAAGUUAAAGCCAAGGAUUUAAAAGAGACGUUCUCAUUGGGAUUAUUUUGAGAGCCACGGACGACGGUCGCAAGCCGAUCAACGUUUGCUCUGAUUAAUAAAUUAAAACAGUCUCAGAUACUUCAGCUUGAUCCUCACUUAUGUCUGGAAACUGGUAGAGUAGUAAGUAAACAAGCCAUAUUCUAGGAAUUACAGAUACAAUGUGGCCAGAAUCACCUGAUGUGUGACAAUAACAAGAAAAUCUAUACAAAUCUAUAAUAGUCCUGCUUUAAACCACAAAGUUGUCAUUAUGCUACAGUAUAGGACCGACCAUGUGUGUCUUAUCUAACAAAUAUCUAACAAAUAUAUUUCAACAUUAGAUGUCUGCUGAGAACAGAGAUCAGCUCCCUCGUCUCAGUCACUUAUCCAAGCGUUUUUUUUCCACUGAUAAAUAUUAUCUUAAAUAUGUAAUUAGCUUUAUCAAGCUUUGACCACAAUAGUUUCCAGUCUAAUACUAAGGUGUUGCUGGCUGCCUCAUGCUUUGCCUGCAGCUGUAAUAAACCACAACAAAGCAACCAGAAUAUUUCUCAAAAUAUCACAAUAUGUUCAAUUAGGAGCAGAAGAAGUUUUAUGUUAGCAAUAAAAAUGCCUGAGUUUAUAUAAACACAACCGGUGUGUUAUAUUCUGUAUUUAUUGCUUUAUAGGUGAAACAAAUACACAACAUUACAAAAUGUUUUAAAUGAUCGUUGAGACUGUUAGGCUGAAUAUUUACAAUGCAACCAGAAGCUAAAGGGUUAAACUCCCCCAUGACCUAUGUUGAGUUGUAGUAAAUGCUUGUGUAGGUGACAAUCACUUGAGCAAAACGUCUGACCCCCCACAACAUUUCAGGCCAGUGUGGCUGAUGUUGCUUGGCUGCUUUAUAGACACCAAAAACAGACAUUUGACAUCUCACGUUCACUUCUACAGAUCCUGUCUCGGAGCCUCAUAGUUUCUUCAUGUGUUUUGCUCAGUUGUCAAACGUCUGAUGUGUUGAUGUUUGUGUAAAAAGGGAACCUGUAUUAUUAUUAAGUAUUAUUGAUCAAGACUGUUUCAACAAAACUGUGUGAAUGCGCUCACAUUAGAUUUUUACUUCAGCGCAAACACAUCAUUUGAAGGUGGACACAUGAUUUCUCAUAGCAUUGUAUGAUAACGCAGCCAAAACUAAAAUGAAAUUUAAACAGAUAAAAAUCAGCUUCAAACAUCUAUAAUUAAUCACUCAUGAUGUCAAAUUAUGAGCAACAACAAAAUUGAACUGAAAGGCCAAAGUUUUGCAAAACAUCCACAUAAGUUUUUACAUUUUAAUUUUAUAUUCGUAAAACUUCAGUGUUAAGUAAAAUCCAUAAAUGUGAACAAAUGGACCAUCAACAGAUAUUUUGGGUGCUACUAUUUGUAGCAAUAAAUAUAUUACUAAGUAAUUAUGUUGAACAGUAUUUUAACCACUACAUAAACAGUUUUGUUAAUCUUCUCUUGCAAAAAAUGCUUUCAGUUUUUCUACAUUACAAAUAUUUAGAGCAAUAGCAUAGCUGUUUGUUUGUUUCCAUAGCUAUACGCCCUUCAGUGUUUGUGCUCCAAACAGGCGUUGUUUAUGGUACUGCAUAUUUUCCCUCAUCUAUUUUAUCACCAUUGCAUGACAGCGUUUUGUGACAGUGCUUCAGAGAACUGUUAACUCUACCUUGGACAAAGUGUACAGUGGUACCAAUGUGUGCAUGACGUUAAGCUUGUUCCUUCAAGCAUUAGCAUGUUGUUUCUAUUUAUUUCAUAUUUCAGUGCUAGAAUUACAUCAUCCAUUGUGUGUCUGGUGGUGAGAAUAAAAACAUUCCAAAUAUCUUAAAAGCAUGAGCAAUACGUGAGGUCACUAAAGAAGUGGACGUGUAACCCUUACUGUUAAAGACAGCAUGAAAUAUCAAACAUGGAAGGAACUCCUGAAUGUAAAACCAGAUUCAGUCUCCGUGUGUUUUUUUAAUUAAAAGAAGCAACAGCACAUUAUUUACAAGACUGCACAAUGCAAUAAAUGGUAAGUGUUUGUAAUAAUAAAGCACAUCUUUAAAUCAAA